AUGGGCCAAGUCUCACCGCAAACGUUCUCCAACUCUCUUGGAUCUCCCGGUCGACAUCCUACAGCUGAUUAUCAAGGAUAUAGCCCGGAGAUCAUGGUCAUAGAAUAUAUGGCGUAUAGCACCGGCGGCAUGAUACUUGGGAGUCUGGUCGCCAAUGCCAUCGGCAGAAUGGGCAACCUCGAGAUCUUCUCCUGGGAUAUGCCCACGGGCGUACAUCCCCGCGUCUUCGAGGCUCUGGGCUCGCUAGCUCACCGACCCGGGAGAACGUUCACCCGCGCCCCCGGGCACCGGUUCCGUACUCCGAAUCCCCUUGACGGUCCUAGCCUUGAACAAAUCGAUCAUCGGGCGCGGUGGCUGGGUGAAAGCACAGUUGGGGCGAGGCGACUAGGGGGCGUCCUCGGGCUGUUGGUAGGGAAGGUCUACGAUAUCCCGAAGCGGAAAAUCCAGGCCCAGCCAGCUCUCGAUGCUCCGGGCUUCCAACCUGGGGAGACGACCCCUUUCUUGCCCACUCUUUCCAAGGGCCUGAAGUCUGGUAGCCCGAAUUCAGCAGGAGGGAACGCUUGA